UGUUCUGCUGUGUGCAGGAGGUUCUGGAUCUGGAUCUGGGAGACUGACGCCCCCUCCACUGCGUUCCAGUCACCAUGAGGGUCCGGCCCCGUCCUGGGGGGGCAGCCCUCCCCCGCUGCCUCCUCCUGGCCCUGGUCCUGAGCGGCGUGGCCAGCGGCGUGCGGCAGGAGGACGCUGGCGCCCUAACGGUGGUGGAGAACCCGGAGGGCAGCGAGGGAGAGGAGGAAGCCACGGUCGAAGAAAGUGAAGAGUUAGAAGUGUUCCAGCCCUCUGAGCAGUGGCAGACGCUCAGACCAGGACAGAUGGUGCCGGCGGGCUCCCACGUGAGGCUGAACCUGCAGACGGGUGCGCGGGAGGUGAGGCUGGGAGAGGAGCAGCUCAAGUACUGGACUCAGGCGCACGGGGACAAGGAAGACUCCGGGACCCCUUUCAGUCCUGAUGAGCUGAAGCGAGCCAUGAAGAAGAUUAAGGAGGACCUGAAGCUCGCGGGCGCAGACCCGAGCCACCAGGCGGCCGACUCCGGGCCGGCCCGGUUCCGCCCCCUGGAGGAGCUGAAGAGGGACAUGGCUCAGCUGGACCUGCUGGUGGAGACGGAUGUUCAGAUCAUGAGACGGCUGUUGGACCAGUACAACAGCAGUAACGCCACCACCGAGGAAAGGCUGGGCAUCCUGCUGGAGCUGGAGUAUCUGGUCCACCAGGUGGAUAACGCCCAAACGCUGUGCUCCAUGGGGGGCAUGGAGUUCAUUCUGGAGGCUCUGAACAGCUCUGACGUCAGGUUACAGGAGGCGUCCGCCUUCGUUCUGGGAUCCGCCUUGUCCAGUAACCCGGCGGUCCAGGUGAGGGCGGCGGAGAGCGGCGCUCUGCAGAUGCUCCUCACCGCGCUGGCCAACGCUCAGCCAAUCCGGGUCAAAAAGAAGGUUCUGUUCGCAACGGCGUCGCUCUUGCGUCACUUCCCCUUUGCGCAGAAGCACUUCCUGUCCCACGGCGGCAUGCAGGUCUUGUCCGACUUGUUCCGGGCAGACGAAAGCGGGAUCCUGCGCACCCGUAUCGUCACCAUGCUGUACGACAUGAUCAGUGAGAAGGAGCUGACGUCGGGGCCUUUGGACCCGGGCCGGGACCCCUCCCAGGAGGAGCGGCGGCGCCAGUACUCGGAGGUGUCCCUGCGGGGGGGGGCUGCUGGAGAAGGGCUGGUGCGGCCUGGUGCCGCAGCUGCUGCGGUCGGCCGAGCACGACCACAGGGAAAAGGUGGGUUCGCUCUGCGGGCCCUGCUGGCCAUGGCGCCAGUGUGCCUGGACCGCUAUCGCUCGGACGCCUCGUUACGGGACUCCCUGCUCACCCUCAGGCUCCAGUACCAGGAAAUAGUCCGGUCCGAAACGGUCCUGGGAGAAGAGAGCGGCUACUUUACAGAGAUGGUAGAACUAAUAGAAUCCCUGCAGGUCAAACUGAAUGACCAGAGCAGAGUGGACACAGACCCAACAAGGCACCUUUGAGGACAUUUUUUUUCCUUUUUAAAUUAAAAUAUCACUGGUGGCAGGCAGAUGUGUUUUUUCUGCAUUGGAGGGAGUUCACAGAGCUUUGGAUGGGCCUCGGUUUGUUUUUGGGGGCUGUUUGUUGUCACUGCCAAAAGCAUUUUGCCGUUGCUCCUCAGUGAUCUGUUCUCUCAUUUCAUCAGGGGAAACUAAAUGCGUCUGGUCAGAUUCAGAGCUUCUGCUCAGGCGUCAGCCCCGUCUGACAUUCAUAUGUGUGUUGUUACGAAGCACAAUCUUUUCUCCCGGAAGGUGCCUAACGGUUGAUUCCGGAUGUGCUAACGCUCCCGCUGUCUUUGAUUAGCAGCCUAAGCGUGCUCCCUUUGACACAUGGACCUUAAAUAGAAGAUAAAAAAUGUAUGUGUGUGAAAACCAGAGGGUUCAGGCUUCUGUUUGUAAUGCCGCUGCUGUACAACAAGGUUAAGUUUGCAAUUUCUGAUCUUUUUCGUUAUUUAACUGUGGCCUGGAUAAGGCAAAUGAAGAAAAAAAAGAGUAGAAUCGUCUGAUUUAAUGGUAGCCCUAGAGUUGUCAGGAGCAGCUGAAUUAUUUAAUUAUAGUUAAUUAAAGGGGGAAUAUAUUGAUAUUCUGGUCUUUGUGUAUUCAUUUAGGAUAGAAGGAUUAGCACCUGAGCCAUGUGUUCUCCAUGCAUGGAAAUAAUGAGCUAACAAACAUUUUUCGACGGUUGUAUAUCUCUUUAUUUAAAAAUAUGGUUAAUCGCAUUUUUAAUUACACCCCGGUUGUGUCUUUUCCAGAUGCUGCCACAUUUGACACUUAAUUAACUUUAUUUCCACAAAACCUCUGAAUCAUAAAGCCGACAAGGCUGAAAUCUGUCAAAAACUUUAAUGAUUUCAUUUUCAGAUGUUGUUCA